GUCAUCAUCCCCUUUCUGAAUUAUUUGCAAAAAAACAUGUUGAAAUGGAUGUCUUAUUUCAACCCACAAAUGGCCGGCCAUUCUCCAUUGAAGUAGGUUAUUUUGAUUCUGUGCUCGAGAUCAAAGCAAAAAUCCAGAAGGACCAAGGUAUCCCCAUUUCUAAGCAAACCUUGAUCUUCAAUGGCAAUGUUCUUAACGAUGAACUCAAUGUCCAUUCAUCAGACAUUCUUGAUCACUCUCAGAUUAGCCUCAUUGUUGCCCCUGAUCCUGAAAAACACAACGCUACUACCACAAAUACUAACAAUCUUGUUAGAGCAUCGCAAGAGCUAUCAAUAUCUAUAAAUCCCUUCAAGCAAAUUCGGCUGAUCCUCAAAAUGCCGGCAGGAAGGCCAGCGAUCCCACUGGAAAUGGACAUAAAUGAUAGUAUUCGGAGGCUGAAGGAGAGGAUUCAGGAAAUGGAAGGUGUCCCUGUCGUGAGGUUAAUGAUCCAGGCAGGCGGUGUCGAAUUGCACGAUCAUCAAACUAUACUUGAUUGCGAGCUUUUUGAUCACGCUGAAAUUGACGUUAGCGUUAGGCCUUCGCCGUCUACUACUACUUCAUCGGGAUCGUUAGGGAAUGUUAGCAGCACAAAGAAGUUGAAGAUUAUAGUAUUGACAAAAUGUGGGACGAGAAAGAUUCCGAUGGAAGUUAGUCCUUCUGAAAAUGUUGGACAACUUAGGAAAGAGCUACAAAAGUUGAAUCAACAUUUGGAUCUGGAUCUUCCGCAGGAAGGGUAUUUCUUUAUCUACAAACAAAAUGUUAUGGAUGAUGAUCGGUCUCUUAGAUGGCACCAUGUUGGGAACGGAGAUACCAUUGAGAUCUUCAAUGGAAGCAUUUCAGGUGGAACAUGAAUGCCGUUAAUGAUUCAUUUUACAGAUUGCUCUACAUUUGUUGCUCAUUAUGUUCGUUCAUUUUGUUGUUAUUCUUUCACAGUUUUUUGGUGGAUUUAUUACACUGC